AUUCCUAAGGUGUGAGAGCCGUGCUGAAAGAACGGCCUAUAUAAAUUUGACUUCAUUGAUUUCCCGACUGCUGUCCCUCCUUUGGCCACGGCUCCAACCACUGAUACUAAUAUUUGCUGUCAACUCGAUCCAUUCCGAAUCAUCCACCCAGGUCCUUAUUCAAGCUCCUGAAUACACCCCUUCCUCUCUCCAAACAUCUUCACUUCAUCUCCUAUUGUAAAGUCUUCUUUACUGUCUACCCCACCGCCCUUAUUACUACUCUCCAUCCUUAGUGUCCUCCUCCCAACAGCACUACCUCUCUCCAUACCACCCCAUCAACAAGGACUGGUCAGACUGUGAAAGCAACUUGCUCGCUUACCUCGCCGACUAUAUGUUGCAGUGGCAAUCUAGUGCUACACUAUUCCUCCCAGAGGCCAACAGAAUGCAGUCUCUCACAGUACGCUGCUUGUCAUUACUCCACAGAGCAGUACCUGGAUGCCGAAUUUCAAGUGUUACAUCUCCAUUUAUGAGGCUUCUUCAUAUGAUGCCUGUAAUUUCAAGAGAAGUUAUAAAAAAACCAAUACUACAGCCUGCUCCAACAUUGGUGGUACAAUCAUGUGGAAUGAAGCAGAAAGGGAAACUAACUUUGAGGUGUGAUGAUUGUUAUUUUGUUAUGAGGAAGGGGCAACUUUAUGUGAUUUUUCAAAACAACCCAAGGGACAAAAAGCAAUGGAAUGCAGAAAAAGGAAAAGAAUACUUGGAUUUUGACACAUGCAACACAGUCACCAAACAGACCCUGGUAGAUGUAUAUAGCAAAGAUGACACAUCCUGUAUGUAAAAUAGCAUUA